AAAAAAAGAAGCGAUAUCGGCAAGAAAGAUAAAAGUCUCGUAGGGGGACAUAACCUCGAAGAUAUGUAAACAUUGAAAAAGUUGUCGAAACAGAGAGAAAGUAUAGUUAAUUAAAAAAUAAUCAAGAAGAAUUAAAUAAGAGAAGGAACAAUUGGAGGCUUCUUAAGGAAGUCGAGACAGGCGAAUAUAAUACGAGGCGAUGCAGCAAAUGAUGCAGCAGGCAAACGUAAAGGUGCCGACUGCACCAGUUGUUCCUAUGAUACUGGAUGAGGCAAUCGCUAUAAGAAUAGUUAUGGGCGCAAAACUGCCUCACGAGAGAGGACUGAUGUAUCGCUCGGAUCUAUGGCACAAAAUCAAAGUCAAUAACGGCGGUCGAUUCGACAAGGAUACAGUCUUGAAAGCUAUUUUGAGAGCGAUCGAGCCGGCCGAUUUGAUACCGGUGAAGUAUCAGGUUUGUGGAGAAGACGCCUAUUUUGUAGCGAGAAAUUGCGGCCCCGCGUUGGAAAUGCUGUGCAAGCUGAAUAUGAUCGUCAGAAAUGAUAAGGGCGACGGUCUCGUUCUCGUGGUAACCUUAGGAUUCUCUUCGAUCCACGAGCUGCAGGUUCAUAUACAACCACUCCUGUUGACUGCGCUAACCAAGAGAUACGAUCCGAACGAGAAGACAUUAAACCUGGAGAGUUUCCACACAGAUCCGGAUAUAGAGAAGAACGUCUAUUGUCGGCUGUCACAGCUCAGAACUUCCAAUCACGUUUUAAAGCUGGCCAAAACCGCGAUAGCCACCUUCGAGCGUCUGAAUUUGCAGCACAAUGAAUUGUUCAACAUAUCGGCGAUAGAGAAUUCGGGUUUAAAAUCCAUCAAGUACCUGGACCUGAGGCACAACAAUCUGUUAAACAUGAGCGCGUUAGCCCCCCUAAAAAAUCUGGAGAUCGUCAGACUCUGGCUCGACGAUAAUCCUCUUUGCGAAAAUUAUUCGACUGCGAAGCAAUACGUAGAGUCUGCAAAGAAAUAUUGCCCGUACCUGCAAGAGUUAGACGGCGUGUACAUUGCGGAAAACAUGCCGAUGAUAUACAGGGACUAUUUUCCGGACGACAAGACUCAGGAUUUCGCACAUAAAUUUAUUUCUCACUUCUUUUCUUUGUACGAUCAGCUCGACCGAACGGGUCUACGAGGGCUCUAUCACAAGGACGCGUUUUAUUCCAUGAGCUUCGCCAUACCCCAUAACAUCGCGCAAGUGACUGGCCUCAACCAAUACACGUUAAAUAGAAAUCUAAAGAGGAAAGUCAAAAAAGAUAAGAAAAAUGCGAGCCUCUACUACGGCCAAGAGGACAUUCUGGCAGCUUUCGGCAAAUUGCCCCGGUCCUACCACGACAGUAGUUCCUUCACAUACGACAUCAUGUACGACAACGACAAAUGCAUAGUGUUCAGUGUCAGUGGAUUGUUCAAGAAACUAAGUUCCGGCACAAACAUACUAUCAUUCUCCAGAACAUUCGUCUUGGUGGCCUCCCUCGACAACGAAUAUCACAUUUUAAACGAUCAGUAUCACAUAUUCGCAGCACCUGAAAACAUAACACCCGAUAAAAUAGUAGUUAAAUAUGCUUUACACGAAAUCGAGCCGGUUUGCUUCAGUCAGAGUGAGAGAUCGGUGUUGAUUACCAGAAUGCGGCAGAUCACCACGAUGAAUAAGGAAUGGUCCAAGACUUAUCUGACGUUAGCUCAAUGGGAUAUGCGAAAAGCGAUAUCUACCUUCAUGAAGGAUUUCAAAAGUUCGUCGAUACCGGAAAUUGCGUUUGUUUCAUAGGGCUCGCAACAAUAUAUUGCUUUUACUGACGGAACGUAUUCUAAACACUAUGUAAAUAAUAGAAAUAGCAGUAAUGUAAAAACACAGGUCCAUGUAUCUCAAAAGUUUUCGUUACUUAAUUCGUUAAUUUUUAUUUACCCAUUCUACGUUUACGAUUUUUCUCGCGAAAUACGAUUUUUUUUUAUAACAAAAAUCGUCACGUUAAUUGCGCGUUUAAUUGCACGUCUCCUAAUAAUGUGUAGAAUGUAGAUGUUGGCUUCGCGCGAGAUGGUAGUAUCGUAUAUCAAUGAAUAUAUCACGAAGCGAUGCGAUUACUCGCAUGGCAUUUAAAUGGUCUGCAGGAUGGGGAACGAGAUGCUUAGUGACUUCAUCCAAAGGUUAUGCACUCAAGGACCACGGCGUUCAUCCGGACGAUGUGAAUGAAACAAAAUCGCGAAGGUAGGUGAGUUUUUUUUACCCUUUCUAAUCGGUUUACGACGCAGUACGCGAGCGCUGUUGAGGAUCAUCGAGACUUUAUUUAUGCUCGAUUAAAGUAAAUCACUGUGUUUGAAUGCGGAUCUGUAAAUGGCUUAUUAAUAAUUUAAUCUCGAGAGCGUAAUACUACGAAGUAUUAUGGUCAUUGUCGCUACUAAAAUAGAUAGUGAAGCCGAGAAUAAAAUUGUCAUCUGUUAAUAGAACUAAUAUUUAUAAUAGAUUUUAUACGCGCGUUGUCCGCUCGUAAUUAUAUGUUUCUAUUACACAGGCUCGAUAACGGUGCAUAAUUUAUCGCUAACACCGUACGAGAAUAAUAAUUAUGGAAGUAAUUCAUAGCCCGUGCGAUUGUGGGAGAAUUAAAAUUUUUAUUACGCGCGCAAAGUGAACUUUACGCUGUACAUGCAAAUUUUCGCCGAGAAAAUGAUACGACGAAUGAGUUAAUAGGUCGCAAAUAAAGACGUGACUUGAGUUGUAAUCGUGACGUUUGGCGUACGACGAGUAAUUUUAUUCCAAUAAGAAAAUGAUAGAUUUCUUCUAUAAUAUAAGCUCUUUUUAUCGCACAAAUUCAGACAAUGUAGUGUCAUUAAUUAAAUAGAAUGGCAUAACACGGAAGAUUACGUGUUAUCGAAUGCCAUAAAUAUACAAUUACGGCAUUAAAAAGAACAACUUCGAAAGACAACGUAAGAUGAAUGCACGCAGCUUGAGUGUAACGGUACAAGUGUUUGCAUUACAUCACCGUUGCAAGGAAAAAUGCAGUAAUGCCAUGGUAGCCAAAUAAACAAUCAUAACAUAACACGUUUACGGUAGUCCGAUCGUAUAUCUUCGCCGGCUCUUGUUUUUGCGCAAUCUUUGUCACUUCCGGAUCGUCAGGGCUCAGGUAGAUUCUUUCGCGUGUGAAUAAAAAGAAGAAAAUACCUUGUACAAUGACACAGUUAUGCCAGUACAUUAGACUAUAAUAAUAAUAAUUUUCAACGUAGAUAAUCACGGCACUUUUUAUAGAGGAUAAAAAUGGAACGUUUUAUAAAUGCAUAAAUUUUUGAACGAGCCUUAUUCACACGCCUUUCUUUCAACCAGUGAUUAUAAUGCGAGGCACGGAAAUGAUACCAAAGAAAAAAAAAGAUCGAGAAAUGUUGAACUAAACUAACUGAGUUGAGUUGCUAACAAUUAGCCGGGAGUCGAGAGAGGGUACGUAUAGAUAACGACAUAAUAAAAUGAUUGUUCCCUACUGUGAGACUCAGUACAGCCUCCCACGAGAAGCACCUUUGAGAAGUUUGCCUUCUAAAAAUAGGCAACCGUAUGCUUCUUCCAGUACCAAUUAACCCUUGUAUAAUUAAUUAAAACUUUCUUCCCAAUAGUUCGAUGCUUCCUGCAUCGGCACCUUGGAAAUCGAAAGUAUCGACACCCGAAGCGCAAUCUCGAGCACAAAAAUGAGAAUAAUAAAAUAAAUUGGAUUUUAAUAAGAAACUUUAUACUUCAUGUAAUAAAAGACAGGAAUAGAUAUGAAACAUGUAAUAUUCGUCGUUUUUAAUAAAAGAUGUAUUAUAUAUAUUUUUUAUUUAUGGAAAUUGCGAAAGCCAGCUUCGAACGUAAAUGUGUCAAGUUGUGGGUCAGGGUACCACAGUGAGAGAGGGACGGAAUAUGAUUAAAAAGAUGGCCCCCAUUAAGACAUGUUUAUGCCAAGACGCACAUAAGAGGCGUACGCACGAUGUAACGCACCUAAAGAUGUUUCUUACAGAUAACCCGCAGGAGAAAGUCCUAUCAUGCAGAUUCUAUGUAAAUUUUUCGUGUCGUCGCACCUCCGAAAGGCGCCGGCAAAAAUGAAAAGACACUACACGCUUGUGAUAUUCUCUCCUGCGAUUAGAGAUGGCUUUCAUCGAGUGGUAACAGGGAUAGGUCCAGAAGAGAAAAUUAAUAGCCAAACUUUUGAAAUGUAACACAAACACGUUAUACAGAUAUUCAUUAUGUAAAGCGAGGAA